UAAUUAAAGUUGUAUAGUUACGGUAUUAUUGCACACAUAGUUGGCCAAUGUCCGCGCAAAUAAAAAAAUAACAGAGAGCCAAUGGAUUCGGACAGUGCUGCCGAGAACAGCACUGCUGUGCUAGCAGAUGACUCUGGACACUACAGUUGCGCCAGUGACGAUGCGGGUUCCAGCGCAAGCAUCUCCAAAUCCAUGUCACAUGUUCGGGAACACGAGCAAUCACUGUUUCUUGCCAUGCAGGAUCUGCGUAAGUCGCGCAGCGAGGUGGAGCGUCUAAGCAAGUCUGAGCAAUGGUAUAAGCAGGAGCUAAAAUCUCAAAAGCACAGCAGGCUCGAAACAUUGGAACGACUGUACACACAGGAGCGUAAAUAUAUGCAAGAGAAUCAGCGUUUACAACAGGAAUGUAUGCAGCUCUACGCCAAAUGCGCGACACUUGAGCGGCAGAUGCAAACACCAGCGGCUGUUUUAACUCCACUGGAUGCCGAAGCUGCUGUGCAUGAUAUAGAUGCCGUCGAUGGGUUCGAGGCGCAGCAACAACAGACGCGGCUCACAGACCAACAGCGAUUGAUUGAAGUUUUGCGGAAGCAAAAGAAACUGUUGUUGGCGGACAUAGAACGGGUGAGUCUGGAGCAUGAAGACAAGAUGUUGCAGCUGCAGCGCGCCCUCGCUGGUCUAGAACUGGAGAACAAACACGUGACUGGAAAGUGCAAGCAGCUGCUGGAUGAGAAAAGUGCCUUGGAGCACAGCCUGGAAACAAAGAACUCGACAUUACGGAGCCUAACAGCAGAACGCGAGCAACUGCGUCAAGUCGUUGGAGAGUUGAACAACACGCUGCAAACGCAGGAACACCUGUUGGCGCUUAAGGAACAGGAAUUCAUGGACUUGAAGCAGCAUUACAACGACAAAUUAAGCAAGGAAUGCAGUGUAGAUGCCGUACAUAAUUACAGCCUGCUAUUUCAUGAGGAGAUCAAUGCAAAGACUAGUGAGAUAGCCGCUCUGAAGAACUCGCUGCAUGAUCUUCAAAAUGAGUUGUCGCUGAUGUCUAAGCUAGAAGCACAGAAUGAGGAGCAACAGCGGCAACUGGAACAAUUAGGCUUUGCAUUGGAGACGCAGCAAUUCGAGCAUGAAAAUCUAAAGACCAAGGAUGCUAUAAAGUGCCAACAACUGGAAGAGCAGGCCACGUCAAUAGGUGAAUUGCAGGAAGAAAAAAAAGACCUUGCUAUGAAGCUGCAACAAAGCCAAGCCCAACUACAAUUUGUGGAGCAGGAACUGAUCAGACUGCACAAAGAAUAUGCAGACAUGUGUGCCAUAUGCGAGAGCACAAAAUUCCGAUUGGAACUUUUGCAAAUAGAGCAUGGGAAGCUGGAGUGUGAAAGUGACAGCCAUCUGCAAGAAAUCUCGCAGCUGCGCAAGAAGCUCCGCAAUUAUGUGGACGAGUGUGCUCAGCUAAGUGAUGCAAUGGCCGCAAAGGAAGCCCAAUUGGACAGCCAAACGCAUCAGGCCGAAAUGUGGCAACAACAGUUAGCCACAAAAACGCAACAACUGACGAGCAUGCAGGAAAAACAACAGUCACAGCACCUCGCUGCGGCUGAGAAAGUAAAUAAGUGCCAAAACGUAGAAGUCCAAACCGAGUCAAUCAGUGCAAUAAUAGCUGAGCAAUUAAAUCCUUUGAAACAGCGCAUAAAUCUCUUGGAGGAUCAUCUAAAGAGCGUAGAGUCUCAAAAACAACACACAGUUUCGUUGCUGCAGAAACUGCUGAGGCAGCAGGAUGAGAAGAUCAGAAACACCGCUGCCACAGAGGCAGACUGGAUGCAGCUGCUUGAAGCCCUGCAAGCAACGCAGCAGCUGGAAGAGCAACGACGCACUCAGUUGCAAUUGAAGACAGACGAGCUAGAGGAAUUAAACAAAUUGUUUGCCGAUCAAAAUGAGGAACUGCAGCAGCUACAACAGUUUAGCUGCGCUCAAGAGUUGCAGCGCAGCACCGAAGUCGAGCAACUAAAGCAAACAUUCCACGAGAGCCUCGCGGCUCAAGCUAAAGAGGCGGCAACUGUGAAAGAAUUGGAACGACAGUUAGCCGAGCUUCUGUCGGAGCGUGAGAAGAACUUGCAACAGGAAAGUGCAAUUCCAAAGGCAGUGAGCCAGAGUCCUGAAAUCGAAUCUCUUCAAAUGCUAAUCAACGUUUUGGAGACUGAAACAGGCCGCAAGUUUCCGAGCACAAAAAGUUGGCCUGUUUUCGCCAAACUGCUACGCAAGGAAUUGCGUGCCACAAAACUACAGCGCAGAAAGUCCGAAGAGUUGCCUGCACUGCGCCGGGAACUAGCCGAGGCUCGCGGGAAACAUGAGCAAGCCUUGGAGCGUAUAAAGGUGCUGGAACAGAGUUUAGCUGCUGAACGCACUCGCUUUGAGGCAUCGGACCUGGGAAAAUGCACAGCGAAUGCGCCGUCGAUGGAGCCAGCUCAUGAGGUGGCCAAUUUGAUUGACGAUUACAAGAAGUUAAUACAACAAACCGCCAAUGAGACGGGCCGCCCACGCAAUAGCUUUGUAAUGGAGCUGAUCGAGCGCAGUCAACGCACUCAACCGAAUAUGUGCCAACUGACUGAAGGUAUAGCCUCCUGUCAAACCGAUGUUCGGCAACUUAAUGAGCUGCUGGUCCAGCUGGAGCAAAGAAUGAGACCACACCGAGAGACUAUGCCCUCUUUGAUGGAGGAGCUGCAAGCUGUCGCAGAACAAUUCUAGACCCUAGAACAGUCAACACCCACCAUUUGAAACCUACUUACUGCCCCCACUAUCUUAAGUUGAAUAUGGUAACGUGCUGACCUAUGUUUAUGUAUUGUUUUACGUACUUAAUUAUUUUGUU